AUGUUGAAGAAAAAGAUACCUUUAUCACCGCCCACCGUUGCCAAACUCAAGAAAUAUAGAGUGAUGUUGAGAGAGUUGGGUAAAUGGAGGAACUCUUUAAGAAAGCGGUGUCAAUUACUUGUGAAUCAAACAGGCGGUAGCUUUUGGAGUGGUAUGAACGACGCGUUCUGUCAGUGUUUCAAGAGAUCAUGACUGUCACUGUCACCGUGCAAGAGGGUAUAAAUGAAGUGGACACGGGUAUAAAGUUUGAUUUGCAAUUCAACUACGACGACGACGACUGUGACUAUAAGGAUUCAACCGAGUGUAGACUCACAAUAGUUCAACUGUUUCAGUGGUUGCGUAUACGUGUGGUGGAACCCUUGUGGUGAUUAUGGAGACGUUCUUAAUGGUGAAACCCGAUGAGUUUCGAGCUUUGGUAGAUUAUUACAAGGGAAAAAUUACUAAAAGUACUCUUCUGGACAAAGCCGCACGCGUGGCCGCCGAAGCAAAACUGUUAUUAGAAGAUACAUCUACUCCUGCUGCUUUAAAAGAACCUGUGGUAAAAGAAUUGUUAAUGCAAGAACGCAAGCUUACUGACAAAUUGAGACAGAUUCCUAUCGCCGGUGGUGUAGAACCUCCACCUCGAGACGAUGAUGGUAAUCUCAUGGAGGGGUUGCAAGAGGGAUUGUUAAAAGAACUCAUUAAAUCCAUAAAUAUGAGGGGACAAGCCGCCGUACCACAGAUGACACUCAAGAGGGAACCUGUCACACCUGUGGGGAUCAAGAACGAACCCGUCACCCCUGCGAAACCGGGAACGUCCAAGAUUCCUUUUCUCACAGCUCCAUCCCAAAAGAUACAAAAAACGAAACGAAAGCUUCCUGUUCCCACACCGCAAAAGCAUCGCACGGAGUUGGAACGACUCAAAGAAUUUGGUAACUGGGAACCUUGGGAAAAGAGAGGUUACGACCCGUAUCAAGUGUUUGAAGAUGACGAAACGCCAAAGUCAAAGAAAGGCAAAGGGAGGGGCAAGAACCGUCCAAGCUAA